GCUUCAUACAAGUCUAUGUUUUGACAUGUUAUCUUUAUCAGAUUACCGCGUCCAACCAAACCCCCGGGGCCGGCCGAUACGCCAACCGCCAGCCCGAUCGAUCGGGGCAAGGCACUGGGGUCUUCGUGUGACAGGUCAGGACAGUGAGCGAAAUAUCAGGAAGGUCAGAUUCCCCCCUCCUUCCCACCAAGAGACUGUAUCUAGUAGUGAGCAAAAGGCCUUUUUUGACGGUGUCAGGAAACUCUGCUAUUGUGCGCUACUGUUGUGGUUUACGGAGAGUGGUAUCUGUUUCCCCCUGACUUCGGCUGCUGCACAAGCCGUGUGUCAACUGUCAAGAGACAGGAUGCCUGAAACGUCACCCCGAUGCGCAACGUAACGUUACCGGCCGCCCCCAACCUUUCCUCAGACCUUGCUCCUGCGCACAGAUACUGCAAGGCUAUUAUGCAGCCUCGUGUACAGCCUCGUAUACGCCGAGCGCAAGGCUGCAGAAAUAAUGGACGCCGAGGGCCCGAGCUAUCCGCGAAAGCUGGUGGAUUUC